AGGUCAAGUGAAGGGUGUAGCGUAGAAAUGACUGGAACAUGAUCUCUCUCUAACACCCACCACUCUUCCUCUACCAAUUUCCCUCUCGAUUCCUUCGCCUUUACUUUCGAUCCUUUUGCAACAACAGAACCUUAUUCUUCUCUUUCUCUCUUUUUUAAAUUCCUUUCAUUUCUUCCAUUUUCUCAAUUCCCUCUACCAAUCACCUGAUACACUCUGAUCUUUACAGCUAAAUUGUUGGAUUGAUAACUCUAAUUGCUAGCUGGUUCUGUUGGUAUUUUGAAAAAUGGCAAAAGGAAGCAGGGGACGAUACAGGGUUGCUUCUCGUCAGUACAGACUGGCUCCAUACCCACUGGCUCGUUGCAAAAGGGAUACUUGUGAGGAUAUGUGUCACAAGAAAUGCUCUAAAGUACUGGAUAAGAAAGAGUGUGAAGAUGUAACAUGUUCUGUGUGCAUGGAGUAUCCGCACAAUGCUGUUCUUCUUCUUUGUUCUUCUCAUGACAAGGGUUGCCGUCCCUAUAUGUGUGGAACCAGCCUACGGCAUUCCAACUGCCUUGAUCAGUACAAGAAAGCUUACACUAAAGUAGUUUCAGCACGUAAUGGACAGCCUGUGGAAGGUUCUAUUGAUAAUCCAUUCAUGUUCCAUGAUUCGAACUCACCUCAUGAGAAGAAUGAAGUUACCGAACUUGCUUGCCCCCUAUGUAGGGGUCAGGUUAAAGGUUGGACUGUUGUGGAACCUGUGCGAGACUUUCUCAACGAAAAGAAAAGAAGUUGCAUGCAGGAUAACUGCUCGUUUGUCGGUAACUAUAAGGAGUUGAAGAAGCAUGUGCGGGCAGAGCAUCCUUCAGCACGUCCAAGGACAGUAGAUCCUGAUCAUGAGCAGAAAUGGAGAUGGCUUGAGUGGGAGCGUGAACGAGAAGAUGUUAUCAGCACAGUGACAUCAGCCAUACCGGGGGCAGUGGUUUUUGGAGAUUAUGUUAUAGAAGGUCGCCAUAAUAAUGACUUCGAUACGGAUGAUGAGGAGGGUGCUCAUGAAGCAGGCAAUGCAGAAAGAAAUGGGAGAUUUGAGAUGGGUAUGGAGGCUAUGAAUUUCUUCCUCCUGUUACAUGCGGUUCGGCAGGGGAAUGAUCUCAGCAGCUUUAGUAGACGGAUGAGGCCUGAGAUGGAUCCCGAUAUGUUAGCCGAUCAGAAUGAGGAUCAGAAUGAGGAUGCUGAGAUGGGUGUCAUAAUGGAUGUCUCGGAUGGCGACAAUGAUGAUGAUGAUGAUGAUGGAAGUUACAAUGAAGGCAAUGAUGAUGGUGUGUCCCUGGUUAGCCGACUUCGGCGGCAGGGUGGUGGCAGAGUUCUGUUGAAUCGUUCCAGCAGGAGGCGUAGGCGUAGAGAAACACAUGCAACGAUGGGAGGAAGUGGGUGAUUGAUCAUACUUGACGCAGGAGGUUGGAAAGGGGCAAGUUUCUUAGGUAUAUAUUAGAUCAGAAAAUUUAGCACCAUUUAGUGGUUGCUUUAAUAACAUUUGAAGGGUUUUUCUUUCCCAACAAGAAAAAUCAAAAGAUGGGCAUUUUUAUUUGUUUAUCUUGUUGUAUUGUCUUCCUUGUACAUGUACAUUCCUACCUUCCUCCUAUAGUCUUUAUUGCUUUUGCACAUUACAAUUGUGAAUUAACUUAUGUAAACAUUUGAUUGUAUGAAAAUCUUCGGCAAGAAUUUGAUCGCCAUGUAAGGGGCAAAUUGAUUCCUCCCAUGAUUGAACAGUUGCAAAUUGGCUAUUUCAGCUAUAUUAAUAAACCAGGAAUUCUGGGUUGCAAA